AUGGGGGUAGGGGCAGGAAGGGAGGGUGAAAGUUUAGAGCCCCUGUGGGUAGGGAAGGGGCCUCUAGGGUCUGACAGGCACCCCCAGGACACUGUGUCUGCCCAAGUGUUUGCUGAGAAAGUGGAGGCCAGUGCAGCCACCGGUUGAGUGCAGCCACUGGGUCAGCGCAGCGGCCGGGUGAGUGCAGCCCUCGGAUUUUGCCCCAAUAACCAGAGUCCCAUUAGCACAGUCUGAGCAGGGGGCCUGGCAGAGCACUUCGCCCUCCGCUGUCAUUUAGGGGG